AGUCUGUGCAAGAAACACAGAAAAAUUUUAUUAAUAUUUUUUAAUCAAGAAAGAAGAAGAAAUCAUUUUGACAUUUCUGUUGUUUUGUUUACUAUUCUUCUCGUCUACCAAUACGUAAAACACCUUUAAAAAUCUUAGGGCCAAAGCUAUUUUAUUAUUCUUAAGUCACCUAUAAACUCAAUAAGUUUUAGUUUCAGACAGUUACAAUAAAAAAGCAAAAAUGAAGGCGGUUUUGAUAUUUGAUAGUGUUAAUGAUUUAUUAUUUUCUAAAUGGGAUGAAAGUUUUCUCAGCCGUAUGAAGUCAUUUAAUGGGCAAGAAAAGGAUGGAAAUAUCACAGACAAUAAUCAUAUAUCACAGCUGCUCUCACCAAUCAUUACUUCCCAGAGGGUCAUGGCAGCACAGUUCAGCAAUACAUACACAUCCAUGCAAUGUAAAGAUAACACAACUAUAGUAUUUGAUGAGUGGCUUGACCAUGUCUUCAUGAUUAUCAGCGAGGAUAAUGUUGACGAUGCUCAUCGGGAACUGCUAGAUUGCAAAACCCUAGUGCAGCACAUUUGUGGGCAGAAUAUCAACCUAAUACAUUCUACAACAUAUCAGGAAUGGUUAUCAGUAUUGCUAGAAAGUCGUGAUAAGGGAGACUCGAUACCAGGCGCCAGCGGGGUGAUUGGAGAGAGUGGAGCCACAGGUGCAGCAUUGAAUGCUUUGAGAACCAUCUCAAAGGAGAUAAAAUGUUCUCCGUACCAACACUACCAUAUUCUGUUAUUUGUUGGGGAUAAGAUGUUGGCUUUAUAUUCCAGCCGAGGAUGUGAAGACCUCAUGCCUCCAGAUCUGAUACUGCUCAGUGUACAGUGCGUAGCAGCUCAAGAGUAUUGGAAGGAGAUGCGAGAAAUAGAUGUUACAAGUAAAAAUGCUCAUUUACCAUGGUUGUCACAAGAGAACAGUGCCAUCGUGCACCUAUGCGGUGGAAGCUCGGGCAGCCCGUGCGCACCGCACUCCUUGCACCUCGCGGAGAUCGCUCCUCGUAUCAUAUUUGCUGUUCUCAUUGAUAUGGAAAUGAGAGAAGUGGGCAUAGCAGUGCAUAUGUCAAGUCAGAUUUUGUCAAAUCUGCGACGGCUUCUGUUGCAGAGAAAUUUGGAAGUACUACCAAACACACUUGACUCUUUGGAAGCGACACUGAAAAAGACAACAGAAGCACUGCGCAAAAAUAAGGCCAACUCCGCACUGUGUACCCGUCUCACUAGCCGGAUGUUGGAAUUGCGUAAAUCGUGUACAACCACAACUCCGCUGACACCGGAAACCACUGCGACCGCUCUCCAUUCGGCCCUUGAAAGUGUGAUAGAGCACCUCAAGCCAGAUAUACCUAGCUUGAAGUUGGAACACCCUGUAAAAGAGCUAAGGAGUAUUUUGACCCCCUACCUGGAGUUCCUACGCAUUAAGGCGUCACGAUACUUCAGUUUGGAAUCUGGCGAGACGGACGCGGGUAGUUCCCUGACCCUACACAAGUAUGUGGAGGAGUUCCCGGGUCUAAUCCACUUCGUGUACAUCGACCGCACAACGGGCCGCUUCCUCGCACCCGACAUGGCUGAUUGCGUCGACAUGCUGACACAUCGCACGGUCCGUAGCACGCUAAGCACGGCGAUGCGUGCGUUGCGCGAGGGCUACGGCGCGGCGGUUUGGCGCCGCGGUGCGUUGCACGUGUGCGCUGUGCGCUGGUUCGAAAGACGCGGAGUCCCCGCGCGCCCCACGGCACCCCCGCACCCCGCCGCCGUGCGCGCACUGCCGCCGCCCGCGGACAUGCUUGGCGCACACCACAGGCAACUGAUUGAGCUGGCGUUCCCUAACGACAGCCAGGGGGUGAGCGCCAAAGAACUGGUGUGCAUCCACCUGGGCCUUCUGCCCGCAGCCACGGCCGUACAGCAAGCGCGUCGACUCGCGCAUUCCGUGUACGAGUUCACCGGCGAGAACCCAGCCGUCGCCUCAGACUUACUGUAGACGAAACUUUAAGAAACGACAACUCGGGGAUGAACGCGAAGUGGAAUUUUUACCUACGUAUACUUGUACGAUUGCGGGAACACAAGCGGCAUCUAGUUGCUACUAAAUUGCAAUACGUGUAGCUGGCAUUAGAUGACGCUUUUUUUCAUACCAUAUAUUUACAAGUAGUACAAGUUGUAGUACAAAUUGCACACGAUCGAAUAAGUAAACGUAGGUAUAAAACCUCACACCUUGUACUCCGAUUUGCUAAAUAGAUCUUUUGGCGUGUAUCAAGCGCCCCGUCUCGCUAACUCCGUAUAAAAGCUCACUAACCCCCGUCACCAUUUGGUGUAAAUCGAACAUUCCUGCAGGGUUAUGCUGCCAUAUUUUUUUUUUUUGCAGACGCUCGUCAAUCUUACCAAUCUCCAAUCUCAAUAUCUAUCCAAUCUUACCUUUACCUAGACCAGAGAAGGGCUAGCAUGAGCGCACAAAAUACCCGUUACUAGUAGUAUUUCUCUUCAGAAAGGCGAGUUAAUGGGUAGAUAUCAUUUUCUCGUGUUGCGCAUGCUAGCUGCUACUGUUAAUUAUCUAUUACAUUCGAAUCGUAAUACACUACUAUUUAUUAACAUAAAAAAUUUUGAGGUGUUAGAAUCUAUGUACCAGAUAAGAUUUUAAUACUCGAGAGAUUUCGUUGGACUGUUUUCAAUUAUUGAAGAACACUGUCCUCUUUUUGGUAAGGAACCGGAAACGCUAAUUCUGCUAAGACAAAGUUGCGGGUAAUUACUGGUACAAAUAUUAGUUUUGAAGGUACUUGGUAAAGUAGAAAUCUUCAUCUAGUCAUUAAUAAUAUUUUAUUGUUAUGCCAUAAAACAGGUGCAUAGUCAAGGAUAACAUUGACCGUUUAUAUACAUAAAGGACUUAAGAACUUACUAAGUAUGUACUAAAAGUUGUAUCUUUAGUACUAAAGUUUAUUUAUGUCAAUAUAUGAAAUAUUUAAUUUACAUUCCAAUUAUUUUUA